AUGGCGAAUUCUGUCCCGAAAGCUGAAGCGAAGCCAAAACCUGAAAGAUUGCCAAUAACAGUUGAAAAGCCCAUGCCAUAUAUUUUUGACCUGGGGCAUCUUCUAGCCCUUGACCCAAAUCCAAUCUCUCUCCCCAGCAUAUCCUCAACCUCCAAUGACACAAAAAACGCCUCCCUAAACGCUGCCCUUACCAGCACAGCCCGCGAUGGCGCCCAAUGUCUUCUCAACCAACUCCUAACAACCUGCCCCAUAACCACAACACCGCGCGAUGGCAUCCUCCUUACUCUACCCCCAUGCAAUACCCAUCUGCCACGCUUCAAAUCUCUUCCCACACCCAAACUCCCGACGAAGUGGGAACUCUUUGCGCGCAAGAAGGGUAUAGGGAAAUAUAGUAAGAAGCUUGGUUCUGGGGGUGGGAGUGCGGAGACCGAACGGAGGAAGAAAUCGGUAUACGAUGAGCAGAGUGGGGAGUGGGUACCGAAGUGGGGUUAUAAAGGGAAGAACAAGCAGGCUGAUAACCAGUGGCUUGUUGAGGUUGAUGAGAAGAUGUGGAAGAAGGAGGAAGGGCUGAGCGCGGAAGGAAAGGGAAUUAGAGGGGAAGGAAGACGGGAGAGGCUUGAGAGGAUUAGGAGGAAUGAGAGGCGGAUGAGGGCCAAUGAGAGGAGAGCCGGGAAGGGGCAAGGGUGA